AUAAAAACAAGUACUGGAUUGUACCUUCUUAUUUGCCUCCAUACUUUUCUCUCUUUCUUUCUUCCUCGCUCAGAGAGAGAAAGUAACUUAUUAUUGUUGCUCUGAUAUUUACUUAAAAGCUAGAGCAUCUGCAGUAAAAUGGCAGAAUCUAUCCGAAGAUUGCUCCCUUUGUGUUUGUUGUUGCUGUUGAUGUUUGUCAGUGUAAAGGCUGCUCUCAAGACUGAUGAUGAAAUCAUUCCAAACUCAAGAGCUGGAGAAAACACUCAGUUGCAGAGUUCAAGCAACAACACAUCAAUGGCUACUGAUAGAGUAAAUGAAGAUGGUGAAAUCAGGCACGAGCAUGCGGUGGAUGAUCCUGAGGCCAUUGCUACAAUGGUUAACAUGGCUAUUCGAAAUAGCACAGAGAGGAGGAAGUUGGGUUUCUUUUCAUGUGGAACGGGUAAUCCUAUCGAUGACUGCUGGCGUUGCGACCGCAACUGGCAAAAAAACCGCAAGCGCCUAGCUGACUGCCCGAUUGGUUUUGGACGCAGCGCCAUUGGUGGCCGCGAUGGCAAGUACUACGUUGUCACGGACCCGAAUGACGAUGACGCUGUGAAUCCUAAGCCAGGCACUCUGCGGUAUGCUGUUAUUCAGGACGAGCCUCUGUGGAUCAUCUUUAAAAGAAGCAUGGUGAUCACAUUAAAGCAGGAAUUGAUUAUGAACAGCUUUAAGACUAUCGAUGGUCGCGGACAUUCCAUCCAUAUUGCUAAUGGAGGAUGCAUUACUAUUCAGUUUGUGACUAAUGUUAUUAUCCAUGGACUUAAUAUUCAUGAUUGCAAGCGGACUGGUAAUGCUAUGGUGAGGAGUUCUCCGAGUCAUUAUGGUUGGAGGACGCUGGCUGAUGGCGAUGCCAUUUCCAUCUUCGGGUCAAGCCACAUUUGGGUUGAUCACAAUUCGCUCUCCAAUUGUCCGGAUGGCCUUGUUGAUGCUGUUAUGGGAUCAACUGCAAUUACCAUCUCGAAUAAUUAUUUUACUCACCACAAUGAGGUGAUUUUGUUAGGACACAGCGAUUCAUAUACCAGAGACAAGGUUAUGCAGGUGACUAUUGCUUAUAACCAUUUUGGUGAGGGCCUUAUCCAGAGAAUGCCAAGAUGUAGGCACGGGUAUUUCCAUGUAGUGAACAAUGACUAUACUCACUGGGAAAUGUACGCGAUUGGAGGGAGCGGUGAUCCCACAAUUAACAGUCAGGGCAACCGAUAUCUUGCUCCUAACAACCCUUUUGCCAAAGAGGUGACCAAGAGACUUGAGGUAGGCGAAUGGAAGCACUGGAACUGGAGAUCAGAAGGCGAUCUGAUGCUCAACGGGGCUUACUUCAUUGCAUCCGGAACUGGAUCAGGAGCUAGCUAUGCAAGAGCAUCAAGCCUAGGUGCUAAAUCCGCUUCUGUGAUCGGUUCCAUCACCUCUGGUGCAGGCGCUCUCAAUUGUCGCAGAGGAAGACAAUGCUAAAUUGCAUCUUAGUCAUCAAACCAGGACCACAGAAUUAAACAUUCACGAGUAAAGGGAUUUAUCAUUGCCAAUGUCUCAACUCUUGCAAACUCCCUCUUCUUUCUAUCUGUCUCCAUAAAUAUUUCAUGAGGGUUCCUUUUUCUUCAACCCCUUGUUUCUUUUCCUCCAACUUUUUUUUAAUCUUUUACAUUUUGCUUGUUUUCUUUUUGGGGUCAUAUUGUCCUAAUGACUCUAUUUCUUUCUUUGCUUCCUCCUUCCACUCAGUGACACAUUGUUCUUGAAAAAGGAAAAGAAACUAAGGAAUUAUAGUGUUCUGAUACAAGAUGUUUAGGUUUGGAACUCUGUUUUGAUGUUUUUUCCGGUGCAAAUGUAAUUAUGAUUUUAGUUUGUUGUUUUAAAGACAGAAUUAAACUUGUAAAUCUCCCGCUUACAACUUUAUCGUGAAAUCCUCUAUCAUUGAAUGAGCC